AUGAACACCGCUUGUCGGCACUCAAGAGGUGUCCAAAUCAAUCCAGAGCAUCGUAUCACAGAUCUUGAAUACGCUGAUGAUGUGGUCCCUUUUGACAGUUACGAUAAAAUGCAAAUAAUGCUAAACAACUUGCCAACUGCAGCGAGAAUUGAUCAAUUUGAGGAAAUGCUGGACUUUAAAUACCUUGGAUCCACUGUAAUCCCAAAUGGCCAGGCAAAGGAUGAAAUCGUAACUCGGAUAACGGCAGCUAGAAUUUUAUUUUUCCGGUUGAUGAAACCUUUAUGGAACCGUCGCGAAAUCAUAAAGACGAAAAUCCGCGUCCAUAUAGCUGCAGUUCGUUCGAUUUUGCUAUAUGGUUGCGAAACAUGGCCAGUGAGAGUGGAAGAUAUUAAAAAGCUAUUAGCCUUUGACCACUCAUGUACAUUCUACGGAUCCGCCGAACAGAUAAACUCGCAUAUUCAUCUUCGCUGGUUAGGGCACGUUCUCUGUCGUCUACUACAGGAGUUGACGCAUACUUCAUUACUUGCUAAACUCUAUGAUGGUUGGAGCCAAAAGACCUGGGUCAGGAAAGAUUUUGGACGUAUAUGGAGACCAGUGAUGUAUGGACUUUAA